AUGAGCGCGCUCCUGCCAACGUCGCGUCGCGAACACCUCCCUCCUCCGCCUAUCGACCCUAAGGAUGUUACCAUAGUAGCACUGCGACUGAAGCAUCAAAUCGAACAAGUUGUGCCCUGCGAGCUCGAAGAGGAACAGGUCACCAGGGCGCAUAGCAGUAUCAUCACCGAUGCAGUGCUAGAGACCGCCAAGCAAGCAGGAGCUCCCGAGCACAAUGCCUGCGUCGUCUUCUGCUUGUUGCAGGUCAAGAAGUGGUUCAAGAAGCAAGCUACUGCAGAGCUGUGGGAUGCUGACCUACACGAAGUCCGCGCUGUGGCGGCAGAGAUCAUGGCCAAGCGCCUGAUUGAGGCUGAAGAGGAUACCGCAUACCUUUUCGAGGAGGUGCUACUUAAGCGCUACUCGACACUGAUUGAUGGAGAGCCAACUACGCCUGCCAACGCCGUUGAGAAGGCUGUCGAUCUCCACGCUGUGACAGUCAUCGGAUCGUCCGGCUACCAGAAGUGCAUCAACUACCUAUGGCGCGGAUGGGUAGUCCAGGACGACGAGGACCCCAGCCGCUUUGUGCCGUACGAGAACAAGACCAACACCAGCUACUGGGCACAUCUGGAUCCAGAUCGCAUGCGAGUUCCAAAGUACCAGAACUGGGUGCAAAUUGCUACGUCCCUCAUCUUCCUGGGCCUUUACACCGGUGCUAUCAACACUAUCAACCCCUCUGGUGACCUGGAUGUCGUCGAAGGUCUGCUGUACCUCUUCACUCUAGGCUUCAUCUGCGACGAGGCGAACAAGUUCUGGAAGGUCGGACGAUUCUACAUCUCCUUCUGGAACAUGUUCAACAGCACCCUGUACGCGCUGCUCACUGUCAGCUUCGUCCUGCGCAUGGUAGCUCUUGGACACCCAAUCAGCGACGAAAAGGAUACGAGACGCGAGUACCUGAACAAGAUGAGCUACGACUUCCUAGCUUUCACCGCGCCCAUGUUCUGGAUGCGUCUGCUGUUGUAUCUCGACACCUUCCGCUUCUUCGGUGCCAUGCUCGUUGUUCUCAAGGUUAUGAUGCGCGAGUCGCUCAUCUUCUUCAUGCUACUGCUUGUUGUCAUGAUAGGAUUCUUCCAAGCUUUUAUUGGUCUCGACAUCGCGGACGACCAGCUGGCAAACGACACUGUCUUUGUGUUCCAAGCUAUGUUGAACGCUGUCAUGCAGUCUCCUGAGUUCGAGGGCUUCGACAACUUUUCGCCUCCCUUUGGUAUCAUCCUUUACUACAUCUUUACAUUCGUCGUCAUGGUUAUCCUGCUCAACGUUCUUAUUGCGCUCUACAACUCUGCCUACGAAGACAUUACACAGAACGCCAUCGACGAAUACAUGGCACUUUUCUCACAGAAGACGAUGCAAUUCGUCCGCGCUCCCGACGAGAACGUCUUCAUCGCUCCCUUCAACCUCAUCGAGAUGUUCUGUCUCAUCCUUCCAUUCGAGUGGUGGAUGGACGAGAAGCGCUACGACAAACUCAACGACAUGGUCAUGGCAGUGAUAUACUCCCCCCUCCUUGUAGUCACCGCUAUGCUCGAACAGCAAGAAGCCUGGGUCGUCAAAGAAAACCGUCGCCGCGGCGAAGACGACGAAGACACUACUAUGGAGUGGGAACAAGUCCUCGACGGCUGUGACUUUGAAGCUGAUGGCUGGGACAAGAAGGUUCAGGCCUCGCGUCCUAAUGUCGAGUUCGACACUGCCGUCUUGGAAGUCCGACAACUGAGGAAAGAAGUCAAGGAGUUGAAGGACAUGAUGAAGAUGCUUGUCGAGGGCAAGAAGGAAGGCUGGGGUGGUGACACACUUGGUCAGAGCGGAUUGGCGCAAUUAGACGCGGGAAAGUUGGGCAUGCAAGGUGAAAGCAGCGAAAAUGGGGGAAGGGAUGAGUAA